UCCCUCCUCCCGGAGAGAGCGGUCGGACCUGUUGUCCCCCUGACUUCCGGCUGUGGAGGGGGACCGGGCGGCCUCGGCUCCCAGACACCCGUCCGCGGCGGAGGCGGCGGAGCCGGGGAGGAGGCUGCGGACGCCGGGAUCUCCUCCGGAGCGGGGACGCGGGCGUCGGGCGCCCCCGGAGACGCACGAGCCCGAGCCCGGAUCCUGGGCGCGGAGCCGCGGGCUCUGCUGCCCUGCGCGCGGCCCGGGACCCCACCGCCGAGCCCCGGUGCCCCUCGGACACGUUCCAGCCCCCGUGGCCAGCGGGUACCCCGGGAAGCCCCGGGCCGCCCCCUCGGAGCGUUCGGAGCGGGUCUCUGAACUUCGGGGUUCCGGCCCUGGGCACGCUCGCCGCGCUCCAGGCCACGCCCACACGCCAGCAAGCCACGCCCCGGAGCGCCGACCACGCCCACCCCGCAGGACGCCAAACGGCCAUGGGGACUCCCCGCAGCCCCGAGGAGGGCUCCUCGUCGUCGCGGGCUCCGGAGGGCGCCGCCGAGGGCCAGCCUCAAGGGCCCGAGCAGCCCCGGGGGCACCCGGAGGAGCCCCGAGAGCGCGAGGACUCCGACGUCCCAGCCGAGCCGCCGAGCUGCCGGGGAGCUGAGCGGCAAGCCGAGGAAGGGGAAGAAGUGGGAGAAGAAGGUAGCAGCACCGAGAGCUGCCGCGACCUGCCUAAUUUCAGCCCGAGGCCGCGCCUCGGCCGGGCCCCGCCUCUGCGGGGGGGGAUGCGCGGGGCGGCGCGCCGGCUGCGGGGGCAGCGGCUGGAGGCGCUCACACGCGUGGCCCUCAUGGAGCAGCGCGUGAAGGAGCUGAGGAUCGAGAUGGAGGUGGAGGUGGCCCUGCUCCGGGGGGAGCUGGCGGGGGAAAGGGUGGCCGCCCGGCGCGAGGAGGAGCAGCUGCGGGAGCUGCUGGGCGAGCAGGCGGAGCCCCGGCGCAGCCAGGAGCUGCGGGAGCAGGAGCAGCGGCAGCUGAGCCAGGAGCGUGAUCACGUGGAAAGUCUUCGCCAGCGACUCAGGGAGGCCCAAGGGCAGCUUGACUCCCAGCCAGAGGACCAGAGGGAGCGGCUCUUGCAAGGGGUACAGGAGAUCAGAGAGCAGCUGGACGCCGCCCAGCGCGCCUUCGAGGACCUGGAGUUCCAGCAGCUGGAGCGCGAGAGCCGUGUGGACGAGGAGCGGGCCAGGCCCGAGGGCGGCGCUCCGGAGCCCAGGGUCCGGGAGCUGCAGGCCAGCGUGGCCCGGCACAGGAGCCGCAUCCGGGUGCUGGAGGAACAGCUCAGGUCUCUGGGGGAGCAGAUGGCGGCCGAGAGCUGGGGCUUGAGCAGGAAGAAGGAGGAGGCUGUGCAGGCGCUGGCCCAGGAGCGCAACCGGCUGUUGGAGCUCAGCUGCCUUGGGGGACCAUGUGGGGAGGACUUCCCGGAGCCUGAGCAAGCACUCACCAAACUUCUGUUCACACAGAAGACAGACCGCCAGCUGCUGCUGCUGCAGGACCCCAGUGCGCACGCGUCCGCCAGCGCCACGUCCUCCUGCCUGUUCUCCGUGCACAGCUCUCUGCAGGGGUCCAUUGGUCUCCAGAGGACCGGAAGCCUGCCUCGGAGGAGGGGGGACAGGGCCAGCCAGCGAGGGGCCCCCAGACCGCUGUCCCUCCAUUGUACAGGAUCCCUGGAGCCCUCUGCUCUUGCACAAGCCACGGGGACCCCUGGGAGACAUCCCCUCUAUCAGCUGCUCAACUGUGGCCCUGGGAACAGGCCUCUUCACCCCGACCUUGCCCGCAUGGAGCGACUCUUGCAGCAGGCUGUGGCAGAGCGGGAGCGGCUGCUCAAGGCCAGGGUGAGACUGCAGGCGUCCACUGAGGAAGGGAUGAGAAGAAGCCCGGAAAGUUCCGCAGUUCCGGCCGUCAUGGCCCCGGCCCCGAGUCCCCCGGGCCCGCGCGUCCUGGACCUCCCACAGCACCUGGAGCGCUGGGGCCACAGCCCCGAGAGCUGCCCGCACCUGCGCGUGUCGGGGGGCUGCUGCCGUGGGCCGCUGGUGAAGAUGGGCGGCCGCAUCAAGACCUGGCGGAAGCGCUGGUUCUGCUUCGACCGCCAGGCGCGCCGGCUGGCCUACUACGCGGACAAGGACGAGACCAAGCUCAAAGGCGUCAUCUACUUCCAGGCCAUCGAGGAGGUGUAUCACGACCACCUACGCUAUGCCUUCAAGAGCCCCAACCCCCGCCUGACCUUCUGCGUCAAGACCUACGAGCGCCUCUUCUACAUGGUGGCGCCCAGCCCGGAGGCCAUGCGCAUUUGGAUUGACGUCAUCGUGACGGCGGCGGACGAAAACCACGCCCCCUGAGCGGGCCGCCCUCGGGAGCCCCGCCCCCCGCGGGAAGCUCUCGGCCCCGCCCCCCGGGAUGAGCUCUCGGCCCCGCCCUCCAAGGGGAGCUCUCGGCCCCGCCCCCCGGGAUGAGCUCUCGGCCCCGACCCCCGCGGGGAGCUCUCGGCCCCGCCCCCCGGGAUAAGCUCUCGGCCCCGCCCUCCGCGGGGAGCUCUCGGCCCCGCCCCCCGGGAUGAGCCCUCGGCCACGUCCCCCGUGGUGUGCUCUCGGCCCCGCCCCCUGUGAUGAGCUCUCGGCCCCGCACUCCUCGGGGUCUCUCGGCCCCGCCCCCCGGGAUGAGCCCUCGGCCCCGCCCCCCGCGCUGGCGGGCUGAACGGCCGCUCCCGCCCUCAGGCCUGAGCCGCUGCGGGGGCUUCCGGCGGCGCCGUCGCCGGGCCCGGAGGCCUGCUUGGGGCAGGAGGGGCGGCGGGCGGCAGGAACUAUUUAUUGGUGCUUCUCUGGUACCGAAUAAACGACGGGAAGGCAGCGGUGCCGCGUGGGUCUCCGCGCGGACGUCGGGGUUCCUGGCGGUGGAGCCCCGCGGCGUGCGGGGAUGGAGAAGCCUCGCUCCUGGGUUGUCCUUGCUCCCUCCGCCCCGUCCCUCCUCCCCGCCCCGUCAUCCUCCCUCCCCGCCCUUCCCCCCCUCCCCCGUGGCACCGCCUAAACGUCCCGUCCCGCCCUGGGUCCCCUCGGGACCGGGCAGGGACUGUCCAGGAGCCGGCCCGGCUGUCCUGGCCGAGUCUGCAGUCUGCUUCCCCAUCCCCACUGCUCGACCCUGACCCGCCCUGGCCCCACUGCCCCGGGUCGUUCCCGGCCACGGCUCCGCCCCGCAGGCAAGCGUCGCGUGUCCAACGGCUGUGGCAAGCGCCUCGGCGAACGGCUCGGCGCUUGAAUCCGUUCGUGAGCAGGCGGACAGCUGUGACCCCCGUGGGCACUCGCGGGCGCGCGCCCGCCUCACCUGGCUGUCUCCGGGCGGAGUGCGGGCCCCCCGGAGCUGCGCCACAGGCGGGGCCGGGGAGCACGCACCCAGCUUGGGCUCCGCUCCUAACUUACUUUGGGUGUGUGUUCGGAAGUCAAGGGUGGGAGCAGUGGACUGUAAUGGACAGGGUUGCACGUGGGUCCCCCUUCCCUGACGGCUCUGAACGUCUUUCCCAAGGGGAGUGGACCUGAGUUUCACAGCCUGUGCGGCCCGAGAGGACCAGAGACCCAUCCUGGCGAAUCGACCAAAUAAAUAUGCAAGCCAGCCAAACAAGCCAGGGCCAGGCUCAGGUCAGCAGCCCAAACCCAGGCAGGCCUGAGCAGGGGCAGACUCCCUCCCGGUGCUCGCUCUUCUGGUCUGACCUGUUGGGGUUGCUCCCUGAAACUCUCCCACGCUCCCGGGGCCUGCGGGGCCUCCUGAGCCUGAAGCACAGCAGUAUCACUGUCUGCGGAGCCUGGCGCUCGGAGGCUUCAGCCCUAGCUGACAAAGGACGGGGUGAAACCCAGAGAGGGAGGUUGAGUUAUCUGGAGCCUCACAGCAGGAUUAAAAUGUCAGUCUGUCCA